UACAUGCAUAUACAAUCGGUAACAAGUUUUCUUGCAUAUACGCGCACGAAUUACCAAUUAUACAUAUCUUGCGCACAUUACAAGCCUACUCCUUGGCAGGAGAUCAUCAGCAAUCCUAUUUCACACAGAACUGUAUUACGUAUGCUGCGAAUGUAUACACAUUUGUUUAUACAUUUGAAUGAUUAUCAAGUUAUAUAUAUAUAUAUAUACAUAUAUAAUAUAUGUAUGUAUGUAGACACCACUAGAUACAUCUAUAAUAAUAAGUGAAUGUGUAGAGACAGGAAUACCAAUCUUAUUUUUCGAACAGAAUCGUGAACAGAACUGGUAUCGGUGCAGUUCAUGCGGUUUGGCAUCUGAUUUCAUACUCAUCGACAAGUUCGAAUACUCGUACGUGUAUUGUUUGUUAAAAUUUAUGCGUUCGGACAACAUUUAUUGAAAGAAAAUGAUAAAAAUAGCCGAGGAGAUCGACCUUGAAAAUUACACUCUAAUACUUCCGUCGGUGGCUGUUGGAAACGUUGGACAAUUAUGCGUCGAUCUAAUAAUAUCCAGUUUGAAUUUAGAUAAAAUUGGUAGCUCGUGGAAUCCCAUGUUCAUUCCAAUUUGUGGGCUUGAUCCUUACCGUGACGAUGAUGACGGAUCAAGUUCUCUUUGCACCACUGCUGAUUUGUACAUUGGAACGUCUCGCAACAUAAUUCUUUUUCAACUACGUUCACCAUACGUUGGAAAUUCGAACAGUUUCUUCGAUGAAUUGUCACGAUUCAUUCGACAAAAGAAGAUCAGCAAGACUGUGAUCUUGACCAGCAGUUACGAUUACGAACGCGCCGAUAGGCCGGAGCCUGCUGUACGAUAUCUCACCACAGAUGCUUCUUUAAUAGGAAAUGAGAAGCUCGUUGAAAGCCUUUGUUGGACAAAGCAUACGAAACGGCAGAGUAGUUCAACGGGAUCGGAAGCGGCAGCGGCGACGACGAUGCAGCGACGAUACAUUCCUGGUGGUGGAUUUGCGAGUGCACUUUUUGAACAUCUUGAAUCGAUUGAAAUCCCGUGCACAGUACUUUUCUGUUACUGUUCAGAAGGAGACAAUGUUUCCGACGCGUUGAUAUUGUUCAAGGGCUUGAAUGGAUGGUUGAAUUUUACGAAUAAUGAUACCAAUGUUAAUCAGGCCAAUGAUAUAAAAUAUCCGCCCUCUUGGGAAUACUUUUUUGGUAAUCCACCCUCCGCUGGAAUGUAUUGAGCUUCGUGUCGUGGUCGUCACUCAGUCCUCCUCUCGACCGAUUAUGUCAUUCUUGAUUAUGUCGCAGCAAGUAAAUCGUUGUAUACGUGGUAUUCACUAUCGUUACGUCAAAUCAUUCCUACCUGUCCCACCAUCCCUGUUGUCCCCACUCUUUUAUAAAUAAACAAUGCAACGACAUCGAGUUAAA